UAUUUAGUUUGCAAUGUGAGGAUGGAAAAUUGUUCAGAUGCAAGAUAACAUUGCUAAAGCACAUUGGAGACUGACUAGAGCAACUGGCCUUGUGCAUGAAAUUAGGCAAAUGAAAUUAGCAUUCUGGAGGAAGGCCAUAUGAAUCACAAAGGAAACAUGCAAGGGCACUACAAAUAUAUGGAUGGCUUUAGUGACACAUCCAGCGUGGGAAGCUUUAUAGAUGAUACAGACAGAGAAGUUAGUAAUCUUACAGAUCGUGCCUUUAGGAGUCUGUGCAUUGGUGAAGAUGCAAUUUAUAAUGACUCAGAUUUUGCUAUUUCUCCUGUGGAAUGUAAUCCUGCUUUCACUAAUCUUCCGGCAGGAAAUGGUAAAAGGACUUCAAAAGAAAAAUGUAUCUCAAGUGUUCACUCGGCAAAGUUAGAAGAAAAGUCAGUAAUUGCUGAAACAUUCCAGCUACCUACGGUGCACAACUCCAAAGAAGAUGGAAACGAUACAAUAACUUUUAAAAACGAUGUUUUGUAUGGAGCAGACUGGAGACAAAAGACAGACAAGUCAAUUGUUUCAUCCCUCAUCAAGGCUUUUGAUACAACAGGAGGAGAUCAUUUCAAUGAUGCAAGCCCUAACUUCAAACAAAAUAUCUUGUCAAUCACUGCUAAUGAAAUGAACAAGGAAAAUGAUUUUGAAUCAUGGGACAAAUCAGCUCUCAUUAGUAUUCAAAAGGAAUUACUGGAAUUUUCAAAUGUAUGUGAACAAAAUUGUGCAUCAUGGAAGAAAAGAGAUCUUAAAGAAAGGGGAAAGAAUCAUGAUGGUUUGUAUUUACAUGCAAAUAAUUUUCUUGUUUCAGAGAAGGGUAUUGCUCAUCAGUCUAAAGUAGGAAAUACAAACAUUACAAACAAAGUGUCUAAAAGUAAAAGUAACAAAGGAAAAAAAGCUGGCUCAAAAAAUGCAUUCCUCCACAGUGUAGACAGCCCAUUCAGAACAUGGAAUGAUUAUAAGAAAAGCUCAUCCCAGAACGAAGACGUAGAAGAUCUGCAGCAUGCUAAGGAGUUUCCAAAAUGGUCUGAUUCUUCUGGCUGCAAAGGACUUAAAAUUGACAGCAAAAUUAAAACCCAUCAAGUGAAGGAAAAUAGUGACCUAAGGAACCCAAAAGGAAAAACUAGUGUAGCGUCCUCAUCUGUUAUGCAAAAGGCAUCUGCUAUUGGGAAACGAUGUGAAUCCGAGAUGGGAAGUAAUUUUACACCCUGGAGAAAAAAUCGAAAUCUGGUAAAAAAUAAGCUACCCAUUCAUCGACCGUGUACUGUUUCUCCAUCUAGUGAAAAAAGCAGCCAAAAUGAAAUUGGCUAUGGUGUUAAAAAAUCAGCACCAUUACCAUACAAUGUAUGCACAAUACAGGAUGGGCAAAUGUCCCGACUAGAAACCCCUCCUUUUAGUAUUUCACAGCUUUUGACACCUGUCAUACAUACAAGACAAGAAACAGAUAUAUCAGAAAUAUUUAAUUAUAUAACUUCACCUACUCUAUCUGAUGUAUCGACUACUCAUGAACCUGAUUUCAAAGCAACAACUGACAAUAAACUACGUGACAAUUAUAAAUCCAUGGCUUCAAGUCUGCUUUUCAAUCUCAAGGAUAACAGAAAACGUGUAAAAAGCACAUACAGUCCUCCAGCCUUUCGAAAUCAUGAUACACAAGACAGAACUAAACAUGGCUUAAAGCAAGAGAGGACUUCUAAAAAUAAUCAGAUUAAGUCAGACCUUCCUGCCCCUGAAUCAAAUGCUAAAAGUAAUAACCAUGUUGUGGAAGCUGCUUUGACACCUGCAGUGGAAAUAUGCACGACAAAGCCUAUAGAUUCAAAAAGUGAAAUAGUUGUUGAUGACUACUUGACUUUGAACUCUCCACCAAUAACAAAAAAGACAAACAUGACAAGUAACAAGGAACCUUUUCAUAAUACAGCUCAGGAUAAUGCAGUAAUUAAUCUGCAAGCAAAUGAGCUUGGAAGUAAAUCCAGUGAGGUUCCUGAAGUCAUACCUGGUACAAGAUCAAAUGAAAUGAGUUGUAGGAAACGACCAGAAUAUCCUUCUCUAAAACUGUACAAAAAAGAAGACUGUGCUGAAGAAGAGUCAAAACAACAAGUUAAUACUGGGAUUAAAAAGGAACCUACGCUUUUAGAUCAUGUCAAGGAGAAACAGAGAAGCCAUUCAGACUUUCAACCAAAUACUACUUUUCACAGAAAUCUACAAAUACCUACUAUAACUCAGCAAGACAAUGGAGAGGUGGAAGAAAAUAUUGCAAAGCAAAAUGUUAUACAUUCAUUCUCAGAAUGUGAACUAAACAGAAGCUCAGCAUCAUCUAAACAGUCAUAUUUGUGUUUAGAUGAUGUCCAUCAUAGUGAAAUGGAGCAGAACUCAAGAGAAGAUUUGACUAGAGGGAAUAUACAGGUUACUAAUGAGCAGAAGGCAGAGCAUUUAGGUGCAGAAAGUAUGACUACGGUAGAGAAUGGAAUGUUAGAGUUGCAGUAUUAUGCACUUAGUAGUCAUGAUAGAGCAGGUGAAGAAAAAAAUGGAAGAGAAAGUGAAAAUCAAAGAUCAGUGAAUACACCCCAGAAGGAAGAAACUUCCUUACCUUCAGAUGUUGUGGAAGUAACAAACUGGGUGCAAUGUUUAAUGGAUGAUGCUAAGGCAUUUACACCACUACCAACAUCAAAUGUGUCCUCUCCAUCUAAUAUAAAGCUAAAUAUGUUUAAAAUCAAAGACAACACAUUUCGAGCUUCCCCAGUUAUUAAAACUGUAAAGCCUCUUUUCCAUAAAACAUUUUCAGAAGAAUUACCAUCAAAUUGUCUUAAAUGGGGAAUGAAAACCCCUGACAAAGUUAAAGAUGAAAGAACAACUGAAAGAGAAUUUGUCAGUGAUAUUCUUCCUACUACUGAGAACUCAAAUGGAAAUCUUGUUGAAAAAGCAGUCUUCAAAGUAACGGUUUCUGCUGCUGAUACUGCCUCCCGUGUUGGAAGCCUGACCAAAGAUAUAACCCGCAAAUCUAAGCCAACUCCCAAAGAAGACUUAGCGUGCAAACCAUAUGUAGCUGUUAAGGAAAACAUUAGCCACAAAUCAAAAGCUGCUGAAACAGAAAAUGUACAUCCUAAAGAGUCUGUAGCUUUCAUUAAAAACACAAUCCUCAAAACCAAUGAAGACUCCACUCAGGUUGCUGCCCAAAAAUCUAAUUUAGUACACAAUGAAAACUCAUCCACCACUGUUAAUGUAGCAGAAAUUGGCAAAAUUUCCCAAAAAGUAUGUGACAGUUACAAUGAAUAUGCUUCUUCAAAAGCAAAUUUGGGGCCCAAUGAAAACAUAGUCUCCCCAAAAACUACAGCUCAAACUGGCAAUACAUACUUCAAAGCAAAAGAUGGUUACAGUGAAAAUGUGGUCCACAGAGUAAGUGCAACUCCUUCAGAGGAGGAAGCAAAUAAAGUUGCAAAAGAAAAGAUUCUGCAUUUCUCUGAAAAGGUGACGCAUAAAGCUAAUGUAGCUCCCACUGAAAAAGUCUAUAAUGCAAAUUUACCACUAGCUGAGAAGGUAGUUCAUAAGCCAAAUGUUGCUCCACCUGAAAGCAUGUACUUAAAAAGAAAGGAUGGUGACAAUAAACUUGAGACAUGCACAGCAAAUGUAACUCCUCCUGAGGAGAUAGCUCAUAAAACAAACAAUGCCUUAAAUGAAAAGGUUCUCCAACCCACUGAGAAAAUACCAUUUAAUGCAAAUAUAGCUACUACUGAAAACACUCAUGGUAAGGAAGAUAUAAAUCACACUGAAAGUUUAGGAGGUAUACUCCAUAAGGGAAAUGUAGAUUCAAAUAGAAAGGUAACCCAUAGAGAAAAAGUAAAUAACAAUGAAAAUGAAAGUGUAAUCCAUAACACAGAUGUAAAUUACCAUGGGAAUAUAGUCAAUAGGGAAAAGGUCAAACCUACUGAAAGUUUAGAAAAUGUAGUUCAUAAUGCAAAUGUGGAUACCAGUGGAAAGGUAGUCCACAGGGAAAAUGUAAAUCCAAAUAAAAGCAUGUUAUGUGCUUCUAGUGUGGAAAAUGUAGAUUCCAUUGAGAAAGUGGUCCAUAGGGAAAAGACAGAUACCACAGAAAGUGUAGAAAAUGUGAUCCAUAAGUUAAAUUUAGAUUGCAGUGAGGGCACCGUCAAUAUGGAAAAGGAAUAUCCUAUUGAAAGAGUAGGAAGUGUAGAACAUAAACAAAGUGUAGAUUUGAUUGGAAAGACAAUUAGUAAAGAAAAUGUAAGUCUCACUGAAAAUUCAGAGAGUGCAGUCCACCAAACAAAUGUAGAUUACAAUGGGAAGUCAAUCCAGAAGGAGAAUGUAAAUCCUAAAGAAAGCACAGUCCAUAAGGCAAAGGUAGAUGCCAAUGGAGAGGGAGGACAGAGGGAAACUAAAAAUUCCACUGAAAGCGUGCUUCAUAAAGCAGAUGUAGAUUACAAUAGGAAGUUAUUGAAUAGGGAGAAUGUAAGUCUCAAUGACAGUAAAGUUCAUAAAGCAAAGGUGGAUGCCAAUGUAAUGGCAUUACAGAGGGACAUGAUAAAUCCUAAGGAAAGUAUAUGUCAUAAAGAAAAUGUGGACUGCAAUGGAAAGAAUAGGGAAAAUGUAAAUCCUAAUGAAAGUUUAGUCCAAAAAGCACGGUUAGAUGGCAAUGUAAAGAGAAGACAGAGGGAAACAAUAAAUGCCACCGAAAGUAUAUCUUGUAAUGCAAAUACAGUUUCUAAUAGCAAGGUAGACAAGAAGGGGGAUGUAAAUUCCUCUGAAAGUGUACAAAGUGUCAUUCAAAAAGAAAAUGUUGAUACUAGUGGCAAAGUAAGACAUAUGGAAAUAAGAAAUCCUACUGAAAAUGCAGUUUAUAGGGCUAAUGUAGAUACCACUGGAAAGGGAGCCCAGGAGGCAAGUAUAGUUCUGAAUGAACAUGUUACUAGUAAACCAAAGGUUCUCCCAGAAAUUUUAGUACUCAAAGAAAAUGUAACUCACAAGGAAAAAGAGCAGACCAUGAAGGAUGUAUCUUUAGCUGAAAAUAUAUCUCAUAAAGGAAAUGUUGCAUCCUUUGAAAGUACAAAUUCCAAAGGAAAUUCAGCUCUAUUGGAAAAGGCAUUUACUGUCAAAGUGAACAGAAUGAAAGAUUUUGACUCCCAUUCAGAUUAUCCUUCUAAUAAAAACAUAGCUCAUCCAGUUAACUUACAUAGUGGAAAUGAAUUGUUCAAACCACUUCUAAGUCCCAUUGGAAAUGUGGCAAAAAUUAAAGCUCCAGGCACUGAUAUAGCUCCAAAAAUAAAUACAGCUCCCAUUCACAAUUUAGCAUUUAAAGGAAACAUAACUCCCACUGAAAAGGUAGCUCAGAAAGCAAACAUUUUCCCCAUUGAGAAGGUCACCAGCAGAGCACACUCAGCAUCUGUAGAAAGUGUUGCUCCAAAGGUAUGUGUAGCAUCCCUAGAAAAUAUGACUCAUAAAGCAAAUCCAUCAUCUAAGGAAAAUGCCCUCAUGAAUGGAUCUGCAUCUCAAUCUAACAAUUUGACUCCCAAAAAUAAUGAUGUCCCCAUUAAAUCUGAAGACCAAAACACAAAUGUAGCUUCUCCUAAAAAUAUAGCCCCAAGAUCAAACAUAGGUCCCCUUCCAAAAAACAAAGUAGCUCCCACUGAAAACAUUUUACAUAAAACACAUGUACAUGCUGUGGAAGGUGUCUUCGUUAAAGCAAAUGCACCCACAUUUGAAAACACAGUCCCUAAAGUAAAUGCAUCUCCCUUUGAAAAUGUAACUUCUGCAAAAUAUGCAACCAACAAACUAAAUGCUUCUCCAGAAGUUAAGGACAAUCCAGGCAGAGGUAAAGUCCCUGAUACAAACAAAUUAUUUUUUGGGAGUAAAAAACAUGUUCCAAAUGAGUCUAGUCCAUCCCUUGCAUGCAGUUCACUAGCAGAAAAGGAAGCAGGACCGAGUUUAAGACAGCGGUUGCCACAAAGUUUAGAAAGUUCUGCAGCAGCCAAAGUGGAGCCUGAAACAAAAAGUCAACCUGUUGUCAGAAGAGAACAUUUGAGGGACAUUGCUGAAAGAUCAGACUCAGUUUACAGUACUAAUGAAAAUAAACCAUUAGGAAAGCCACCAGUUGUUCCUCCAAAAACUGAAAAAGCACUUCGCCGAGCUAAAAAGCUCACAAACAGAAGAAAAAAGGCAGAAACAAAGACAGACAUUGAAAGCAAUGGUGUGGGUGAAAAGAAGAUUGUUCAUACUGUUUCUAGUGUCCCUACAUCACCGACUCAGUUGUCCCUGUCACCUAUGAGCAUGAACACAAUACCGUUACAAUCAGCAAUGGCCCUAAAACCAAAUAUUAUUUCAUCAGUUCCUAAUAUUGUAGCAUAUGAGGGAGCCCAAGCUAUUCAGUCUUUUCCAAUUACACAAAGGAAGCUUUUGCAAGAUCCUGAGUCUGGCCAGUACUUUGUUGUGGACAUGCCUGUUCAAAUGAAAACAAAAACAUUCUUAGAUCCAGAAACUGGAAAGUAUGUUCAGCUCUCAAUACGUUCUCCAGAAGGAGGAUUGUCACACGCAUCAUCCUUAGAUGUUUUAAAUGCUCCUUAUGUACUUUACCCUGGAUUUCUACCUUUACCAGUAACAUCUUUGCCAACGUUCAGAUCUUCAUCACAGAUGUCAGCCCCAGCUGUUCUAAUGGAUAACCAAGGAAUAAAUGAGAUUUUGAAAAGGGACCCUGUUGAUCAAAAGUAUCCUAUAGACAGCAGUCCAUAUAUCGAGCCUGUGCACGAUACUCACAGCCAAAAAAUGGAUCGUUCAGUGUACAGUGAAGAUAAAGAUGCCAACACCCCCAGGAGCUUAGAUAUAAUCUCUAUGAGUGAAUUGGAGGACUUUGCAGUAGAAAGCUUUUAGUGGUAUAAAAAUGUCAAAAAAAAAGGGAUUGCAUUAAUUGAAUAUAAAAAGUCCAUGUUAUGUCUUUUUAAGAAAGCGUAUCUUUGGAGUGUAUAUGGAAGAUCACCUCUGCUCUCAUACAUGUAAACUGUUAAACUACAUAUCAUUGUCUCUAAACAUGAGAUCAGGCAUUCAGGUUGAGAUCCCACAUGCAUUACUGCAGUGUUUCCCAUAUGGUACUUGGUCUUAGAGCUCUUCUCCUAAAUUUAUUUGGUUGCAAAUAAGCAAAUGUUCCAUAAGUAAUAAAUUAUACUAAUAAAUAAUUAACAUGGUAAUGGCUUUACUCGUUUUGGAUAAUUAAAAAUCACAGUUGUUUUUAUGAUUUUACAAUAGCAGUAUUGCUAGGUUAGGUAACUUGUGUGUCAUCACACAGCAGGACUCUGGGUGACACUGAACCAUAAACCUUAGCUAUCAGAUCAAACAAUCUUAUGUUGUUUAAACAAUUAUCUUACAAUGUGAAUGUUAACAGUGGCAAAUGAAAUAACAUUAAUUUUUAAGGGAAAAUCAUGCAGCACUUACGGUACAUUGCAGAAAACGGAAUUCUCUGGAAACUCAUGUUUAACUAUAUGUUGUGCCUAUCAAUUCUUCAUUUAGAUUCCCAUUUCAUAGCUUAGGAGUUGCUUGUUUCAGUUGCUUCUUCUAUCCAAGAUCUUAGCUGUUACAAAUUAGUACAAGUAUUUUAAAUUAGGACACUGUUUAAAGUAUGGCACAAUGUUACAGCAGGUAGCAUUUGUACAACACAAUACCUGGACCGUGGUUGAGUUUCCAGUUGUGGUGCUGUCUAUGUGAAGCUUGAAUACAUUUACUUUGCUUUAUUGGAUUAAUUAUUUGGGGAUGUUGGGGUCAUACCAAUACAUGCUGUUCAGCUGAUUAGCCCAGUGCCAGUGAAUAACGCGGUAUGAUAGACUGACAUCACUUAGAAAACUGAUGGAUGGAAAGAAUUAUUCAAAGGCUGUAAUUCUGGUUUAAAUGACAAUCAGGUUUUUCAAAGAUUAUGAUUCUUGUUUAAAGGUCGAUCAAAAGACAUUGUUGGUGACCAUAACUGGGAAACACUGCACUAAUGCUUUUGAUUUGAGUGUAUGUCCUAUGACGUGCUAGUGACUGUUUUUUUUUUGUCUGCGUGAACAAACCACAGGUGUAAUACUAAUGAGAUGAUAUACUCCUUCAAACAGAUUUGUGCAGCAUACUUUUGCUACUUUAGCAUGUAAAAUUGUGUGUUCUUUUCACCAAACAGUUGUGUUAAACCUAUAACCUAAUUUAACAACGUAAGGGGUCCAGGAUGGAUAUUGUCUAUACUUCUUGGCAGAUCUACUAUUUUGUUAACCAGAAUGAGAACAAUCCUUAAAGUGUUUGACAAAAUGGUAGCUGCUGAAGUGCCUGUUCAUUGAUGACUGGAGCGUCUCUAGUAUUCGAUGUUGAGAAUUAUGCAGUAUGAUUCUUGUAAAUGAAUGAGCUUUCUUUAAACAUUUUUAUAAGGCUUGUUGUAUAAAGAUAAUAGAUAAAGCAGGGCUGUUUUUGAAAAAUGUAACUUUUGAAGUUCACAUGGAAAGCAUUCCAAUGAAAAGACCUAUUCUCAAAAAAGUAGGUUUCUUGUGUUUUUGGGCAUUUCUCCAUGUGAUUUGUUUUAUUUGCCCAGAUUUUUUGCUCUUUUUUAAGCAAUACAUCUGAAAUUUUAGAAGUUCACUUUGCACAGCAAGGUUGCAUGCAUUAAACAAAAACAAUGGUUUUGGGUUACAUCUGUUUUGAUUACAAUAUUGCUCAAAGAAUCAAACAGUAAAUAACUUUUGCAAUAUUUCAAUAUCUCUGUGGUUUAUACUCCCUACACUUAAAAGCAGACUUGAUUUUCAAAUGCAGAUGCUUAUGUUCAUAUAUAUUUUCAAAAAAUAUAGCUGUGAUUUAUUGCUGAUAUACAGUAGGAGGUUGUUUUAUGUCAUGAUUCAUGAAGGAAAGAUACAGCUCUUUAACAAACAUUCCUUGCAGCAACAGAACGUAUUUCAAUUAGACUUCUGACAUCAUCACCCUUCUACUUCUAGAACAUUAAAAAAUAAGAAUAAAUUUUAAAUGCAUAACACUAAAUUCAAAAGAUUAUUAGUAUUCCUCAUUUAUUCAUAACAGAAUAAUUACAAAUUUGCAAUUAAAACUAGAGAAUGUCUACUUCAAACCUCAGUGAUAAAAAUAAUAUGAACAUGUUAUUGUAUUACUGGUAGACAGCACAGUGGCCCAAAAAGUAGGAUUGCUGGACUCAACUCUUGUGCUUGUUGGCCUGGGUGCUGUCUUUUUAUGUUGCAGAUUCAAUAUUUACAUGGGUUUCUCCAGACUCUUCAGUUUCAUCUCAAAGUUCAACAAUAAUCAUUGUCACUGAAUGUGACUUGUUAGCCUAAGUGUGUGGCCUAGAACGGACUGGCGUUCCAUCCUGGGUUGGGUUGUACAUUGGACGUCAUACAAUUGAGACACGCUUUAGAUCCCUGGUAUACAAUGAUAGAAAUAGUGAGUAUAUACAAUGAAGGAUUUUCAGUUUAAAUUAUUUAUCAUAACUUUAAGUUAUAAUGCUUGUAACAUCUUCUGAACAGAAUUACACCCAGAUAUGUUCGAGUGAAACAUUGUAGCCAUUCCAUUAGUAAGAAUGGUUUAAGCAUUUUUCAUUACUGCAACAUCUCAUUUUCUCCUAGUACACUGUUUGUCCUACAAGUUGCUGUUAAUGCACUGAAAGUGUGGAUUUAUGCAUUAGAUCUUUCAUAUAUGGUUCAUUUGGGAUGAUUUUUAUCCUACUUUAUGUAUUCACUGAGCUGCAUCUGCACCAAGAUCAUGAAAUUCAGCAAUCUUCACAAUCACACAUCACUUGCGUGAUUUCACUCCACACUCACACACUGUACUAGAAGAGUCCUGGCCCAACACAUCAAAUUACAAGCCGCCGUGUAUAAAUUUGUACUUACUUCAUUUAUUGUUAAAAUGCCAAUAAUAAGGAUUUUUUAGACCUAUAGAAUGAAAAAUAUCUUGAGUCCUCUCAAAAUGAAUGUUGCUUCAAAGGAAUGUUACCAGUGUCUGUAUACAUUAAAGCAAUAAAUAAGGUAAACUGUAGCAAAUUUGUACAAGAAAAGUAAAACAACAGAAACUUAUUUCAGUUUUUAUAUUUUGAAGAGGUAGUUUAUUUUCAGCAGUUUUAUUGAAUUCCAGUCCUGCCAGAAAUGAAAUAUCUGAUGCAAUUUCAACUAUUAAAGUAUCUAAUGAAAAAGAGUUAUAAAUAGAAUAAUGAAUAUAAUGAAACUGCUGAAAUAAAAUAUUAUUCCUGGACCUGAUUUAGAGUUCCUACAAGUUUGGGAUUAAAAGUUCAUUAAAUAUAUGCAUUUUUGCUUAUGAUACACACUCCUCAGACUCAUACAAAAAGGUAAUCUAAUUAAAAAACUAUGGGUAAUCAGUAGAAUACCACUACAUUUUUAAUGAUAUUUUAUAUUUUGAAGAUUUUCUAAUCAAUAAUGGUUGUCUCUGUUAUUUUAGGUAAUGAUUUUCAUUUGAAGAGGAAGUGACACCCAUAAAUGCAUAUUUGUAAAUUUAUAUUUUUUUACAUAUGGGAUAUUCUGUGGAUUUAUUUCUAACCUAAUAUUACCAAACUGCAGGCAGUUUGACACAGUUUGGUACAGGGAUGGUAAACAAAAACUAAAAGGAUCCCUUCUGUUUCAUAUACAAAAUAUUGAGGCUUUUUAACAAGUGUUUCUUUUCUGUUUCUCUAAGUUAAUGAUAACAGAUGCAUCAACAGGUUCUUGUGGCUUGCAUUAUUUGCACUGCAUUGUGUCAACUAAAGAGUGGUGGCAGCCAGAAACUUAGGUUCAGAGCAACAUUUUAUUUUUAGGCAACAUACCCAGAGGAUAAGACUGCAGGAAAGAAACAGAUUGGUUUCUUGGAAGAUCUUGGAAGUAUUAUUAAAGAAUCUUAAUACAGUAUGUGCAUUGUGUUGAGGACACCAUUAUUUGGAUUGCUUGUUUCAAGUUAAUGUACAAAGUGACAUAAGCUGACCCUGCAUUUCAGAUUGAUGUUUGAAGGCGACUGAUUUUUAAAGUCUAAUGUUUUAUACCUCUGAAUGGGUUGGCUGGCAUAAAUAUAAAUGUGGAUAUAAUGAGGUCUUCUUAGAAACAUAAUUUUCUUUCUUUCAGUUGAAAUUUCUAUUUUGCAGGAACAAAAGCUUGCAUGUAUAAACACUGCUAUUUAGAGUGUGCAUUUCAAAAUCAACAAAACAGUCAUAUUAUUGUAUUAUUAAAAGAGUAAACUACCAGAUGACAAAAUAAAAAAGUAAAUAUAUAACUUGGCUCUCCCUUGUUUUAGCAUGUACUAUACAAAACCUAAUUCCCAAAAUCCACCUGUGUGUAUUACAAAGCCAGGACUGAAACCAAAGUCAUACUUGAUUGCAAUACUCAAAUGAAACAGAAACAAUAUGAUUUAAGAAGAUGCUACUUUGGUAUAGCUGUAAGAUGAUAACAGCCUCUCAAAUGAAGGACAUGACAACCGAUUUGGAGGUAAACCCAGCAGGAUCUAACAGCAGACACACAUCAACUUGUGUCAUACAUUGUGAUUAUCUUCAUUGUGGAGUAACAGUGUUCUCCACGUACAGUGUGAAGGUUCUCUUACAUUGAGGUCAUGAAUUCCACUGCAUACUCACAGCCCCUGUAGCUUAUAAUUUGCCUGAAAUGCAUUGCUAAGUGGAAUACUGUUAAGUAAAAUAGGUUUGCUCUCCCAUUGUUUAAUGUCUGGGUGAUGUUCAGCUGCAGCUUCUAGACUCUUGAAUGUUUAUCAGCAUUAUCAGUCCCUUGUGCUUUUUGAUCUUGUUUUGCAUCUCCUGCUGCCAUCCUCCAAUUGUGAAGGCAAGUAUUAAGCUACACCACUAUGUGCUUUUGCUGGCCACUGUAUUAACCUUAAGUCCAAAUUCUUUCUUAGAGGCCAGUUCUAACCGUGUUUCAUAAAUAUUUUGGCUGAGUUAAUACAUUUUUGGAGGAGGUCAUGAGAAACAACCUAUCAUGACUAACUUUUUGGAUGGUACAAUACUUUUCUUAGGUCUAAUUUUUUCACCUAAAUCUGAAUCCCCUUUUCAAAAGAAAAAAGUAAUUUCUACAAGAACGUGUCUCUGCAGCAAAAGUUCUAAAUAUCUUUUAGUAAUAAUAUUAAUCACUUUCACACAAAUAUGAUAUUUUUGUCACCAGUGUUUAAUCAUAUCUAUUUAGUUUUGAGCACAAAGUUGUAUUUUCCUGAAAAAGUACAGAAUCAUAAAAUUUCUUAGACAUUUAUUCAGAAAUGUAUAUUAUUUAAAUUCAUGAAUAUAUAUAUUUUCUUACAUGAGUUUUUCAAAUUUUAAAGCUAGUGAUGCAAAAUAGAAUUACUAAAUAAAUAUAUGAGUAUGGUAUCUAAUUACUUUAUGAGACCUCAAACUUUGUAAAGGCUCUGAAUCAGGACCAGCAAGUUUAAGAUAAUGUUAAGAUACAAAAGCAAACAAAAAAAAUACCUCUUUCUUUUCUUAAAAAAUGAUGUGUUCCUGUUGUAAAGACAUCUUAUUAUGUUUACUCAAAUUUUGCUUUUCAAGAGAAAUCGUUUUAUUAAAAUGUAUUGUUUGUAAAUGUAAUGAAAAUAUGUAGAAUUUGUACUUAAUCUUAAUAAAUAUUUAUUUUUUGUUCAA